AUAAGAACAGGUGCGCGUGUGCAGUCCGCAGAUGCACAGCCUCACAAGACCCCGGAGGACCACACUCGACUUGCGCGAUUUUUAAAAGCGCCGAUUUAAGGACACUUUGUAUCAAGCCUUUUGGAGACUCCGGGUGAUCAUCACGAUUCAUGAUGGAAACUUUUCCGGCUAAAGUGAAUACCGAGACCAGCAGUCCUCCGCAGUCUUCGAGCAGCUCCAGCAGAGUCACCGUCGCGAGUAUCCAAGUGAAUUUACUUUUUCUCAGAAGUCUUACUGGGAUUCUAACUAUCCUUGAAAUCGUUCUGGGCUUGCUGGUAUGGGCUCUGAUAGCAGGCUCCUGGUACACAGCGUCGCCCGCAUUUGGAUGGGUGAUGUUUGUCAGCAUCUUGCUGUGGAUUUUAACUAUUUUCCUCUUUGGAAUCUACUUGACUGACACACAAGAAAAAGUUUCAGCUGUUCCUUGGACAUUAACGAUAAUGUCAUUCAACGUGGCAGCCACGGUGCUUUACAUUACGGCUUUCAUCGCGAAUGCCGCCUCAGUCAAAUAUUCGGUGUCUUGGCACGAUUACAACAAUAAAGCAGCAGCAGCAUUCUUUGCCUGCCUAACUAUGAUUGCUUAUGGAGCAAGUGCCAUUCUAAGUUUCUUAAACUGGAGAGGAUCAGGAAGCAAUGCUGCAACCAGCCAAGCAACAGGAAACAACCCAGCAUAAACUACAGGAGAAAUUCCAUCUCUUUCAACACAAACACUAUUUUAUGUAUAUAAAAGAAGGUUCAGUUUCAAAUAAACUGCAUUAUAAAACUUGGGAGGACAGAAGGUUCACAGAAAAUGGUACAACUCCUAAUCCAUCACUCUGUUCAUCGUUACCAAUGUAAAGGACGCUCACAUCAAAACCUCUUGCUCAUCUGAAAUCUACAAAUACUUUUCUUCAAGUCCAUUUUGAAGAUGACAAGCUGGCAAGUGUCAGCCAAUGAACUACUGGGGUGGACUCAUACAAAAGACAAGAGACAGAAAGGCUAGAAGUGAUUAAGACGACCAGAGGAAUGCGGUUAUCCAGCGUAGGAAAGGUGCAAUUUAAUACUGGGAGUCAUUUGAUUAAGCCUUUUGUGGGACAUACUAUAGAAGCAAGAGGGGAACAGGAUAAGGAGGUGCUGGAGUAGGCGUGGGGCCCAUGGGUCCAGGAAAACUGUCUUUAACUGAAAAUGCUGUUGACAACGUCCAAAACUGGACACACCCGAAAUUAGUGGAUCUACUGGUAAUUGUGAUGAAAAACUUCAACUGCUUGACAAGACUACCCGUGUGAGGAAGGAGGGUGACAAUGAAGAGCUAAACGUGAUUAACUAGUCUUUGAAACAUGAACACAGUUUAGAUUGUUUUGAAAGCAACGAGGGCCACAUAAAUAGAAUGCAUAAGAGAAGCUAAAGAUGUGAUUUCGAGGAGGACGUCAAGGAAUUGGCCAAAACGCUACCAAGAUGCAGGUGUUUCUAGAAGGUUUUAAUUCAAUAAAUUGUUAUAAGACUCGA